AUGCCAGUUCCUGACGCGGUGGACGGUACUCCCUUUGCUGUCAGAGGGAGAAGCCUGUCAGGAAGCAGCGUAGCGACCGAGGCUAACUCCCGGUGGCAAGCAGGGCGGGAGGAUCUCCGGUCCCGCCCUCCCUCGGCGACCGGUCACGUGCAGCGGGCGGAGGCCGCCAAGGGCGGGCGCACUACUGGAGCUGAUAAUGAUCUUUAUAUAAACCAAGCUGUAGUAUUUAUUGAAGAUGCAAUACAGUAUCGAUCUAUAAAUCACCGUGUGGACUCCAGAUCCCUGUGGCUUUAUCGAUGGUACUAUUCAAGAACUUGCCAAUGGAUUUUGAGUUUAACCAUUACUAUAAUCCUGGCUUUGGCCUUAAUUGAAAAGCCUUCUUCGCUUACUAUCACGUCAGAUGUACGAUACCGCCUUCCUGCGUGGAAUCCUCCGUGUGGCCUAACAGAAAGCAUUGAGCUGUUUUGCUUUCUGGUGUUCAUGGUUGAUUUGUCCGUGAAGAGCUACUUAAUUGGAUGGGAAGAAUUUUGGAAAAAUAAAUGGCUAAUGGCUUAUAUACUGACAUUAAUCGUUUCCCUUACUGAUUGGAUUGUAUCGUUGAGCUUUUUCUGCACAGAGAAUGCGCGAAUAAGAAGAAUUUUUCGUCCAUUCUUUCUCCUUCAGAAUUCUUCGAUGAUGAAGAAAACAUUAAAAAGUAUCAACAGCACAUUGCCUGAAAUGGCAAGUGUUCUUCUCCUACUAGCUGUUCAUCUGUCUCUCUUUACCAUGUUUGCCAUGCUGCUGUUUGCUCGAACAAAGGAUGGCCAGCAGGAUAAGGAGUGGGUGGUGUAUUUCCGGAAUUUGCCAGAUUCACUGACAUCACUGCUGGUCCUGCUAACUACUGCAAAUAAUCCUGAUGUGAUGAUUCCUGCAUAUUCUAAGAAUCGAGCAUAUUCAAUAUUCUUCAUACUCUUCACUGUAUUAGGCAACUUGUUUCUGAUGAACUUGCUUACAGCAAUAAUAUACAACCAGUUUCGAGGAUACCUUCUGAAAUCGGUUCAGUCCUCUCUCUUCAGGAGGCGACUGGGAAUCCGGGCUGCAUUUGAAGUGCUUUCUUCCCUGAAAGAGACUCCUGGUAUAGCACAACAGUCAUAUGUCAGCGCUGGGGCCUUAGUACAAGUGCUGCAGAAAGUUGGAAUGGAUUCUCGCUGCAAGCAAGUCCUUAUGAGAUCACUCAAAAGGGGCUCCUGUGACCAGCUGUCAGCUUCCCAGUUUCAGAAGCUCUUUGAAGAACUAGACAAAGAUGCCAUUAAGCAACAUCCUCCCAGUCCAGAGUAUCAAUCGCGUUUUAUGCAGAAAAUGCAAUUUGCCUUUGGCCAUCCCUACUUUGGCUACUUGGGGAAUGUUGUAGCCCUUGCAAACAUUGUUUCUAUCUGUGUGGUUUUGGUGAUGGACGCAGAUAAACAGCCGUCUGAAAGAGAUGAUUUCUUCUUAGGGACUAUCAACUGCUUCUUCAUCAUAUACUAUCUGCUGGAAAUGUUGCUGAAAAUCUUAGCGAUGGGCUUGAAAAGAUACUUGUCAUAUCCAAGCAAUAGAUUUGAUGGACUUCUGACUGUAAUUUUGCUGGUUUUGGAGAUUGCAACUUUUGCUGAGUACGGAUUUCCUCAUCGUGGUUGGAGACCUGAGUUCAUGGGCUUGCUAUCCCUGUGGGAUAUGGUGCGACUGGUGAACAUGUUAAUUGUGUUCAGGUUCCUGCGGAUUAUUCCUAAUAUGAAGUUCAUGGCUUUGGUUGUUACUACAUUGCUGGAUCUGGUAAAAAACUUAAGAGCCUUUGCAGGAAUCCUUGUGGUAGUUUUCUAUGCAUUUGCUAUAACUGGCAUCAUGCUCUUUAAAGAUGCUGUUGGUCCCAUGAGAAAUAUCAGCGCUGUCAAUACAACAUAUGAUAACGUCACUCUGCAGUGUGGGACCUAUGAACAGCUGGAAUAUUGGCCAAACAACUUUGAUGACUUUGCUGCAGCAGUGGUAACCCUCUGGGAUGUAAUGGUGGUGAACAACUGGCAAGUCUUUUUGGAAGCGUUUUCAAGAUAUUCAAGUCCGUGGGCAAAGAUCUAUUUCGUAGCUUGGUGGUUGAUCUCCUCUGUCAUCUGGGUUAAUCUCUUCGUAGCUUUACUUCUAGAGAACUUUAUUCACAAGUGGGACCGUCGCUGUCAUCGAGAGCCUCCUUCAGGUAUUGAAUACCAGAGGACAGUUGAACUAAUGUUCAGAGAUGUUUUGGAAGAACCUACAGAGGAAGAGUUGAUGGAAAAACUGCACCAGCAUCCACACCUGCAGUUAUGUAGGUGA